AUGAUGCUGAAACUACAAAUCGGUACGCCUCCUGUCGAGAUCGAAGCUUUCAUAGACACAGGAAGUGAGAUCACGUGGACAAAUUGUUUGCCUUGUAGUAACUGCUUAAAACCAAGCCGUACUGCAGUAUUCGACCCUUCAAAAUCCUCGACCUACAAAGAGAAAAUAUCUGAUGGCAAAUCUUGUACGUAUGACAUGGUCUACUUAGACAAAAGCUAUACAAAAGGAACAUUUGCAACCGAGACUGUCAGGAUCCAAUCAACUUCAGGAAAACACUAUGUAAUGCCUGGAACCACCUUUGGAUGUUCCCACAACUCCUCAGUAGAUUUUAAAACGGUCCCUUCGGGGGUUGUUGGUCUAAACUGA